AUGGUAGGAGACCGACCUGGGAGUUGUGCUGCGCUUCCACCUGGAGUGGGUGCACCAGUGGGGACCCUCUGUCACACCAUCACCCAGCUCCAACCACUGUACUACUGCAGCAGUGCAGGGCUGCUGAACCACAUACAUGCCCAUGUGGCCUGGAACUCUGGUGACGCCCUACCCCAGAAGCCACUGGCCUGGGACCUGCACCAAUGUAGCAUAUGUGGCAAGAGCUUCAGCAAGAGCUCCACCUCGAGGUGACAUCUACAGAUGCACUCUGGUGAGAAGCCCUCUAAGUGCCCUGAAUGUGGCAAAGGCUUCUUGGAAAGCCCCACUCUGGUGCACCAUCAGCGUACACACAUGGCUGGUGAGAAGCCCUAUGCCUGCAGUGACCGCGGACACAACUUCAGCGAGAGUUCUAUGCUGCCGUGCCACCAGCGCAGCCACCUGGGUGAACGGCUGCAGUGCUCCACGUGUGGCAAGGGCUUUGGGCAGCACUCAGACCUGGUAGUGCACCAGCACAUCCACACAGGUGAGGAGCCUUUCCAAUGCCCUGUCUGUGGCCAGGCCUUCAGUGACUGCUCAGAUCUCCUCACCAAGCAUAGGCGCACACAUACAGGUGAGAAGCCUUACUGCUGUGAGCUGUGCAGCAAGUGCUUCACCUGCAUGUCCAACCUCAAUGUGCACUACCACAACCAUGCUGGCCACAAGCCCCACAAAUGUCCUGAGUGUGGCAAGGCCUUCAGUGUGGGCUCCAAGCUGAAGCUGGAACUGCACCAUAAGACACACUUGGGCAAGCAGCCUGCAGAAUGUGCCGAGUGUGGCAAGUGCUUCAGUCACAGUUGUUCCCCAUCACACCAGCGUGCCCAGACUUAUGCUUGGGUGGUGGCUGCCAGUGCUGUCCCCACCCCCGACCCCAAUGGCACUGUUGGUACUGCCCUCAUUUGCUGAGUGGGCAAAACAGGAAAAGCCAGUACUUAUGGCACAGUUGAGAGAGAC